GCAUUGGAGGUCAGUAGUAAUGUGCAUCCCUAGAGCUGCUCUAACAAGACCCCCAGCAAUUGUAGGGAGGCAGGUUGCCAUGGUAAUGUGCGUACUACAUGUGGCCUAAUCUGCAUUUCUGCUACUACUACUAGGCUACUAUUUCCUAGAAGUGCUUAGAAUAUGUUCUGCAGGGAGGCAUGAAAAAGACAAACUGAUGAACCACAACGCGUCAACAUAUCGAAGUGAACAAUGAGGCAGCAGGUGGCUUUUCUUCUCGCCUGAAGAAUCCUUAACCUACCCUUCCCACGCAGAACUCUGUUCACUGUUUCGUCAUAUACAUUUCAUUGGAAGAAUGGAUAGAAGCGCUCUUCCUCAAAAAGCGACUCCCAAGGAAGCCUGAAAGGCAGUUUUUCAUUCUACUCAUCGGUACCCUGCUGGCGCAGCGGGUCAAAAAUACGCUCUCAACUUGGCGGAUGCACGGCGGAUGACACAUUGAAAAGGAGUGUCCCAUGAGACGUGCCUCCUGGACCAGGUCCUGGAGCUGAUUAUGAAUGAGAAGCCUCCGGGCAACGCCAGCCUAUUCCUGAACGAGGACUCUGACGAGAAGCCAGAGCGGCGCGGGCGUGAGCGAGGAGGAGGAGGAGGAAGAGGAGUAGGAGGAGGAGGAGGAAGAGGAGCCCUACUACGGCAGCAGUUGCGGCAGGCGUUGCAGAAGCGUAGCGCGGACACUCGCAACAGGAUGUGCUCCGUCACCAAGGAGGGCGCCAGGGCUUUCCUGCGGCGCAACGCCUUCGUGCUCUUCACCGUGGCCGCUGUGGCCCUCGGGGUUGUGCUGGGUUUCUCCCUGCGUCCAUACAAGCUGUCGAUGCGGGACAUCAAGUACUUCUCCUUCCCCGGGGAGCUGCUGAUGCGCAUGCUGCAGAUGCUGGUGCUCCCUCUCAUCAUCUCCAGCCUGGUCACAGGCAUAUCCUCUCUCGACAGCAAAGCCUCGGGGAAGAUGGGAGUGCGAGCCGUUGUGUAUUAUAUGGUGACAACGUUUAUUGCUGUUUUCAUUGGAAUUGUGAUGGUGAUCAUUAUAAGGCCUGGCAAAGGCAGCAGGGACCGUCCAGCGACCUCUAGUGGCAACAUUGAGCCGGUGCAGGCAGCAGAUGCUUUUCUGGACCUCAUCAGGAAUAUGUUCCCUCCAAACUUGGUGGAAGCUUGCUUUAAGCAGUACAAGACAAAUUACAAAAAAGUAGUCUCCUCCAAGGAUGUCACCAUUCACGUCAACGUGACCAACCCCGCCAACGCCACCAUCAACAUGACGGACCUCCAGGCCAACCUGACGGCCAUGCUCCAGACCAUCCAGGAGACGGUGGAGGAGACCAUCCCCACGGCGGGCUCCUCCAACGGGGUCAACGCCCUGGGCAUGGUGGUCUUCUCCAUGUGCUUCGGCCUGGUCAUCGGCAACAUGAAGCGGCAGGGGCAGGUGCUGCGGGAGUUCUUCGACUGCCUGAACGACGCCAUCAUGCGCCUGGUGGCGGUUAUCAUCUGGUACGCCCCGGUGGGCAUCAUGUUCCUGAUUGCCGGUAAGAUCGUGGAGAUGAGGGACCUGGCUCAGAUGGGCGGUCAGCUGGGCAUGUACACGGUGUGUGUGAUGGUGGGCCUGCUGAUCCACGGCCUCCUGGUGCUGCCCCUGCUCUACUUCCUGGUCACGCGCAGGAACCCGUUCACCUUCAUCGCCGGACUGCUGCAGGCUCUGAUCACCGCCCUGGGAACCUCCUCCAGCUCCGCGACCCUUCCCAUUACCUUCCGUUGCCUCGAGGAAAACAAUAAAGUGGAUAAGCGAGUGACGCGCUUCGUGUUGCCGGUUGGGGCCACCAUCAACAUGGAUGGCACAGCACUCUAUGAAGCGGUGGCAGCCAUCUUUAUCGCACAAGUCAACGACAUGGACCUCAACUUUGGCCAGAUUCUCACCAUCAGUAUCACAGCAACAGCUGCCAGCAUUGGAGCAGCAGGCAUCCCUCAAGCCGGCCUAGUAACCAUGGUGAUCGUAUUGACAUCGGUGGGACUGCCCACGGAGGAUAUAACGCUGAUCAUCGCCGUGGAUUGGUUCCUGGACCGUCUCAGGACCACCACCAAUGUUCUGGGAGACUCCAUAGGGGCCGGGAUAGUGGAGUACCUCUCUCGCCAGGAGCUCCAGACCCAAGACGUGGAGAUUGGGAACUCGGUGAUCGAGGAGAACGAGAAACCUUACCAGCUCAUCUCUCAGGAGAACGACACCGACACUGGAACCGUUACCGGCAUCAAGCUCCCUAACAGUGAGACCAGCAUGUGAGAUAAGGCGGGAGGGAGACGCAUGUUGUGACACACGUUAUCUUAUGACAGACAUGUGGGGCCCACACUACAAAGCUGGUUCAGAAUAAGUUAAGAGUUAAAUAAUCUAAUAGAAGAGCCGGGGGUACUCAUUUUCUUAAGAAAGGCUCUUGUAUUAGAUGAUUUACCUCUUAACUUAACCUUAACUUAUCCUGAACCAGCUUUGUAGUAUAGGCACCUGCUGUUAUGACAGACACGUGAUGUUAUCACAUCUUAGUUUCUCCUUUGAAAGCUCUUGCUGAGCUGAGAUGGCGAGCUAAGACAACGUGACAAUAGAAUGUCAGUAGAGCAAAUUUUUAAAAUUUAUAUUUCUGCUCAGUGUUAUUUUGUAAUGGAUAAACCCUGCAUUUACAACAACACCUUUUUGUUUGUUUUGUUGAUUUAUUUGUAUCAUUAUUUAUUUAUUUUUGUUUAUUUAUUUCCAAGCUUGUAUUUAAUUUUGUAUUUAUUUGGAAUUGGAAAAGUAACAUUCCAGCAGUGGAUUAUCAGUAUGCUAGUAAAAGUGUGGUCUAUAUGAAUCUACCUCUAACUAUUUUUAAGUGUGUAAGGAAACCAGUUUUUAUUAUAUCUUUAUUAUAGCUGAUGUUGUCUAUUCUCAACGAGAUGAUGUGGGCAUCAUGAACACAUGGUGCACUGGUGCAAACAAGGCAAUAAGUAAACACAACAAUAUUGAAUACUUUUCAUUUCAUGUCGUUUAUCUUUCUUCACAUCAUUCUCAAUCAACAAUUAGUCCAUGUGUUGAAUUUGUCAAUAACUUUGCCUUGAGAUGUAAAUCCAAACAACAUCAUAUUGGGAUAAUAGGAGCUAGGUACUGUAUCCUAUGGAGUGGUAAUAUGGUGCAAAUGGCCUGUUACUAAUGGCCAAAGCUCUGACUUUUACAAGUUAAACUUCUUCACUACAGCUCAUGCUAUGCCCAGUUUCAACACAUUAAGAGGUCAGAGGUCAAUAGAAUUUUUUGUUCUUUUUAAAAAAAAUGUUAAUGGUUGUUGCCUGAUUGUAGUUGGUAAUUUAAUGUAUGCUUUAGCUAUUGGCGAUUUACUUUGGAACGCUGAAAUAAAUGGAAGGAUUUCUUUUGUAAUCAUGAGCAUGUAAUUGAAGGUGAAAUCAUUUUGUGAAUGUGAAAUUCUGGGUUUGUUGUAGAAAGAAUCAUAGUGAAGGCUAAUGGUAUUAUUUUACCCUUUUGUUUUAUUUUUUAGAGGCUUAGCUUAGAAAGAAUAUGGUAUGUGGCUUUGAUUUAAAAGUACAUUUUAGUUUUCAGUUAUUGACGGUUGACUUGCGCUACCACAUACAGUACAUUUCAGACAUUCUGACUCAAAACAACACCAAAGUAUCCCAAAGUACAGUGGGUGUUCAUAAGUGCUGUUCCUGUGUUUGGAUAAAUGUACAGGCAUUUCCUUUGCUAGUGGUAGAGCUGUUUGUCUUUAAAUGCACUAUUUGGUUGUUGUUGUUUUUUUUCAGUGGGGUUCAUACCUGGACGAUACAAAGUCGAUUGGCACAGGCAUUCACAUUAUUAAUCAGGCAUGUACCCUGGUCUUGAAGGAGGUAUUUGGGCUCGCCUCUCUUCCUAAUUCCUUUUUUCACUGUCAGUAGAAAUGUGCCAUUAUUCAUUUUGGGGUUUUUAAGAAAACACGUGUUCCUGGCCUGGCCAGAAAACACAGAACAUGUGUGCCACAAAAAAAAAUCAAGGCUGAGAAACAUUUGGCGUUGCAGUAGAUUAAAUUACAAAUUUAUCUUCCGAACAGAUGCCACAUGUUCAGAUGCAUACAUUGGGAAGGAAAUUGCACAUAUUUUUGGGUAAAGACAAGAGGGAGGGUACUGUGAGGAUCAGAGGCUGGUCUCAUUCUUGUGUUGAGACUUUUUUUGUGUGUGUUGGUUGUGGUAUAUAACAUUUUCUUUCUUUCAUACGAAUUGUGUAUGAAAGUUCCAAA